AUGUCAGCCUCGGUGAUACUUCGCGCAGCAAUGCGGGCGCGAGUACCGCGCAUAGCACGCUCAAUACACGCAUCGUGUCUGCGUAUGCAUAUACCCAAGGCUGAUGAGAUGCUCGAAAAGUUUGCGGAGGGUGAUCGAGCGCGACUGGCGGACAAGCGCGAGGAAAUGAUGGCCAAGUACCAGGCUAAGCUGCAGGCUAAAGUCGCUGAGCACGGUUACAAGAGCGUGGAUGACUUGGCCCAUGCUACUAAGAAGGUAGCUUCAGAGCAGCAAGUCCGCGAGACGGCUAUGAAAGCGGCAUCAUCACCGGUGGAACAUCGCGAUGCAGCCUUGCGUCUCAAGUUGCAGGAAAAGCGCCGAAAGAACGAGCAAGCCAAAUUGGACCGUGAACAGGAUGUAUCGAGUCCUGUUCAACCGCUCUCUACGUUCAUGAAACUUGAAAAAAUCGUGCACGAGUCUCCUCAGAACAUCGGCAAGCUGUGGACAGCCUUUCAUAUAAUGAAAAACAAGAUCUCGGCGGUGGUGCCUGCUGCGACCUAUGCGCAGAUGGUCGACACAGCCAAGUCAUUCCCGCAAUUCGUGCUGCCUCUACCUCGCAUAGUCAAGAAGGCUGACGAAGACGGCGAGGCCGAGUCAGGCUACGAAGUAUAUUAUUUACAAUGGAUUCCGUUGCCUAAACCCGCGGACACCGCGUCCAAUGCACCUGCUCCCAUGGCCGUACUGUUCACACCACUGGCUGAGUACAAAUUGCGGCAAGAGUAUGCUCAACCUACCCUCGUUUUGACGCACUAUACGGACCUUAUCGAGUCCAAAGGGAUCGUUUUGCUUCGUGGCGACAUUACUGAGAGCGACAAGGGCAAGGCGCAUAUUCAACAGAAAGAUGCACAACUACUUACACUAGGACUGCAGCGCUUCUACCACAUUGACUGGGCACUAGAGGGGCUCGAUAAUGACGAACAGGUCGACCGUCGUCGCGCCCUACUCCGAGCCUUUCACGAGCGGCCCACUGAAUUCCGGUUGGAAGAGCUAAUUGACGCAUCAUGGAAAAUUUAG